AAUAAUUACGCGAAGAGAGCAAAAGAAGAAACAUAACCUAACAAAAAAAAGAUGAAAAUGGUCGGAAGGAUCUUUCUCCUUUUCCUCUCCAUCGUCGUCACGGUGGUCAUCGCCGGAAAAGCUCCACCGCCAACAUUUACCGAGACGGGCAAAGCUUUAGCCGAGAAACUCUGCGAGAAAUCCGAAGACAAAGCGUUUUGCGUUGCGAGUCUAACCUCACGUCACGAGUCAGAAACCGCAACUGCGCCUAAACUCGGAGUGAUAGCGUUAAGCGUCGCAUCCACAAACGCUUCAGACACGUCUUUCUACAUCAAGUCCAAACUGAAGCAGAGGAACCUCGAGCCGGCUUUGGAGGACACGCUCGAUGACUGCUCCAAGAACUACUUAGACGCAGUCGCGCAGCUCGACGAUUCUCUCGCCGCUUUGCUCGCGAAUGCGUUCAUUGAUGUUGAUAUUUGGCUUAACACGGCUAUUAGCGACGGAGAGGCUUGUGAAGAUGCUUUGAGCGAACGUGCUGGUAAUGAUGCUGAGCUUGCUCGUAGGAACACUAACUUCUUGAAGCUUUGCAAGGACGCUCUUCUCAUCAACACUAUCUUAACUCCAUAAGCUUACUAUUGUGGUUACUUGAUUUAUAUGUAUGUAUUUUUUAUAAUAUCUAAAAAAUGGUUUGGUUGAUUUAUGGGUGUAAAUGAAAUGAUAUGUGAUAUACUUGUUUUGGGAAAAUUUUGAAUGAGCAUAUUGGAGUAUAUAUAAUUAUAUGGGUUAACGAUAUAUUUUCUCAUAAAAACUAUUAUAUAACAUCAGAUAUCUAUUGAACUAUAAUUUCGCGUUAAUUUUCAAUGAAUUUAAAGUUUAUUCUUUCUAAAUUAUAAGUUGUAAAUUUAUUUCUCUCCAAAUUAAUAGACUAGAUAUAUCAUUGUAUACAAAUAAAAUCACAAUAUAAAUGAAACAUAAACAAAAUAUUCAGACUGCUUUUCACAAAUUUAUAUGUACAUAUGAAUUUUUUUGUAAGGAACCUAAAACCUAAUUUCAAAAAUUUAUUAUUCUACCCCAUCCGUUUUCUAGAUAAUUUUUUUUGGAAAAAAUUGUUUAUAGUUAGUUAUGUUUUAUUAUUUUUCAUUAGUGGAUUAUAACAAUAAAUUAUCUAAAAAAUUAAAAGAAGGUUAGAUUUAUUAAACUACUAUUGGUUUAACGUUAUUAAAACUUGAUAGCUAUAGAAAAUAUUAAAAUAAUAUAUUAUCUAAAAAUUAAUAAGAACGGAGAAAAUUAUGAUUCUAAUGUGUUUGUAUCUACAUUUCCACACAUCUAACAAACAUAUAUUUCAUUCCCUUUAAUACUUUUGCAACCACAAAAAAAUUCCAAAAGUUAUAUCAUAUGUUUUAUUACAUAGUCAUAUCCAAAAUUUCAUAGUUUAUUAAGAUUUAUGUUGACUAAUAAUUUUCAAAAUUUUGGAUGGAGUCAGUAACUAUUUAGUCUGGAAAUCAAGACUUUUGGUUAUUUAAAUAAAGACUAAAACAAGUAACAAUAUAUCAAAGUUUAUGAAGUUUACAUUGCUAUGCUUACAGCUAAAAAGAGUUCUCGCAAAAAAAGAGAGGAUACGAUUCUUAAUAUCUACUUUAAAAUAGUCGCAUUCUUAUAUUUCUUCUCUUUCACAGAGAUAGAUUUUUUAGCGUUUUCACACAUGUUAAGAAAAUUGUUUUCUGCAAUUCUCAAUUUUUAAUAAUUUUUAAUCAAUAUUUAUUUAAUAAAAUCAAUUUUUUUUUGAAGUUUAUAAUUUUUUCAUAGAAAAUAUAAAAUAUAUAUGUUUGUGAAACAAUUUUUUUUUCUAAGACAUUUAUCUUUGUGAAUAUGUUAUAAGCAUUUAAUAAACGAAACAUGUUAUUGGACUGGGCAAAUUUUAUAUAAAUUCCCAAAUCCUAAAAUAUUGAUUUCAGAGAGUAUAUUAUUAAUACAAAGGGGCCAUAGUUGUUUGACACAUUUUACCAAACAGGUAUAUAUCAUUGUAUACAAACAAAAUCACAACAUAAAUGAAACAUAAACAAAAUAUUCAGACUGCUUUCCACAAAUUUAUAUGUACAUAUGAUUUUUUUUUUUGAAAAGGAACCUAAAACCUAAUUUCAAAAAUUCAUUAUUCUACCCCAUCCGUUUUCUAAGAUAAUUUUUUUGGAAAAAGUUGUUUAUAGUUAUGUUUUUAUUAUUUUUUCAUUAGUGGGUUAUAACAAUAAAUUUUAAACUUAAAACCAGGUUAGGUUUAUCAAACUACUAUUGGUUUAAUAGCUUUAUAAAAUAUUAAAAUAAUAUAUUUAUCCAAAAAAUAAUAAAAACAGAGAAAAUUAUAAUUCUACUAUGUUUUUAUCUACAUUUCCACACAUCUAACAAAAUUUAACAAACACAUAUUUCAUUCCCUUUAUACUUUUGCAAACACGAAAAAGAUUCCAAAAGUUAUAUCAUAUGUUUUAUUACAUAGUCAUAUCCAAAAUUUCAUAAUUUGUUAAUAUUUAUGUUAACUAAUAAUUUCCAAAAUUUUGGAUGGAGUCAGUAACUAAUUAAUCUGAGAAUCAAGACUUUAGUUAUUUAAAUAAAGACUAAAAGUAACAAUAUUAUAAAGGUUUAUGAAGUUUAAAUUGCUAUGCUUACAUCUAAAUAUAGUUUUCACACACAAAAAAAAAGAUAAUAAUUUUUAAUAUCUACUUUAAAAUAGUCGCAUUCUUAUAUGUUAUUAUUAUAAGCAUUUAAUAAAUGAAACAUGUUAUUGACGAGGCCAUCUAAACUAUUAAAACAGGAGUAUAUUUAGUAUUACUUCCAGACUUUUCUUAAAUAAUUACGAUCUUCUGCCACUGCCAAAACAUUGUCGUUUUAUCUGAUUCUAAAUCAGAAUAUUAUUUUUUACAUACCAGAAAUCUUCAAUUGUCUUUCCCAAAUCGCACAGUGGUCCAUGAAAGCUUUCCGAGGUGGCUCCUGAUCUCGCCGUCGUCGGCUCACUUGCUCUGCCGCCUUGCUGCAUAAAGAGUGGCGUCUCCAUUCCGUGUCUCUGCUGCAUCGUGAGCUUCGUCGUCAUGGCCACCGGCAUCGUCAAGCUCCAGAUCCGGCGAAGAUAAAAGCUCGAUCCAUAUCCAUGGCUGACUUCUCUAUAUUUGCACUUUAGGUCCCUAAUAUGUUUGAUUAUUUUCAAAUCGGCCAAAGGCUUUGUAAAUUGCAAAAACAUCCUUCCAAAUCAACCCAGAACCUUUCAAUUAUAUUAUCUAGACCCAGCGAAUAUUCCAUUUUUGUAACCUUGGUACCUGAAUUUUCUAUUGUUUUCACAUUUUCCCCAAUACUUCUAAAUUCAUAGGAAUAACCUCA